AUGAAUGUAACAUACACAUACGCAGCCGUGUGGAAAAGUUCUUUUCGAACUGUUACUAUACAUCAAAACCAGACACACCUGCGGGACCGUGCGGCGACCCAUACCAGAUUAUUCAAAGAUUCUUAUCUCUUUUUGAUAGUCAAGCCUAUCUAG